ACCACUUUACAUCAAUCAAUCAGUACCUCUCUUAAAUUUUUGUUCUCACCUUCUGAUCUCACACACACACUGUCACGCACCCACCAGUACUCUCUCACUCUCUUUCUCUCUCAAAGACAGAGUCAUACUAGCUGCUGCUGCUGCUGCUGCUGCCUCUUCCACCGCCGCUUCUUCUUCCAAAUAACCCUUUCUUUACCCUGCCUCUUCCACAUGGCUUCUUUGCAUCUUGCAGUGCUGCUUCUUUUGGCCUUCACUGCCUCUUCAAGUGCCUCUUGGUGCGUUUGCAAGGAUGGAAACGAAGCGAGCUUGCAGAAAGCGCUAGACUAUGCUUGUGGAGCUGGGGCUGACUGUAACCCCAUCAAACAAACUGGCCCUUGCUACAACCCAAACACUGUCAGAGCUCACUGUAACUAUGCAGUUAACAGCUACUUCCAGAAAAAGGGUCAAGCACCAUUGGCUUGUGACUUUGCAGGAGCAGCCACAGUUUCUGCAUCAGAUCCCAGCACUACAGGUUGUUCCUACCCUGCAAGCGCAAGCGCCGUAAGCACUGGCACAACUCCUGGGACAACCACACCUUCCAUGGGCACUGGCACUGGCACUGGCACUGGCACUGGCACUGGCACUGGAACUCCUUCUUCCACAACAACAGGCUCCACCACUCCAUUCAGCUCAACUCCUGGUGUGUUAGGAGGGAUUGGCACUGGCAUGGGCCCUUCUGGAGUUGGCACUAAUUCAGAUGACAGUCAUGGUGGGCUUAGACUUGCAGACACCACUAGUUUGUUCUUAACAUCAUUCUUUUCAGGUUUGGUGAUGAUGGUAUUGCUGUGGUGAGGUUGAAGAGAUGAGUGGCUAUGCAUCAAUGCUAUGAUGGAUGGACAAAUGUGGUGCUGUAAUUUAGUGUGCAUAAAUGAGUAUGCAUGACAUUUCAGCAUGUUAUUUUCUAGGUGUUUUUAACUAGAGACAUCAAUCAGCUCUUGGUUUUAUUUUUUUUUUACUAUUCUUCUCCCACUAUGUCUUACUUUCCUUGGGUAAAAGAAGGGCUUUUAAUUCUACCCAUGUAGUGCUAUGGUGAAUCUGUACUCCCAUCUCAGUAUCUACUUAUCUGUACAUCGAAGAUCUAAGGGUUUUAGUAAAUUAAUAAUGUGAUGUGAAUGUAGGUUCCCCUAGUUCCUAUUGGAUAAAUUUGAUGAACAAAACAAAUACUAAUAAAAAUAAGAAGUGGCUAAAUAUCCAAGCUGAGUGGCAAAUUA